CUCAGUUACAAUUGGAACUAUCAUUAGCCAUGAUCUCUAAGAUUAUUGCCAUCUUUUUGGCUCUAUUCGUGAUAUCGCACGCGCUUGAAGUGCCACCCGCUUUAAAGAAGCAAGUAAAGAAACUCCACAUUCGGUGUGCUAAUCAAACGGGUGUUGCCGAAGAAGUUAUACGCAAAGCCCAUCAGGCUGGACAGCUGCCCAGUGAUCCGGCCUUUAAGUGCUUUUUGUACUGCAUGCUUGAAAUCUUUGGAUUGAUCGACAGCGAACAUAUCAUGCAUCUGGAAUCUCUCGUUGAGGUGCUGCCAGAGGAAGUGCAUGCCCAGAUUCAGCGUCUGGCCGACACAUGUGGGACAAAGAAGGGGGCAGAUGGCUGUGAAACUGCUUAUCUGACCGUCAAAUGUUAUAUUGAAACGGACGGGCCAUUUAUAAAGGGGGCAGUGGAUGACCUAUUGGGUUAGCUCACUCACCUGUACAAGUCACGAUGCACAAUACCGAGCAAGAUGAGACAGCGCAAGAUACGUAGUGCCUCGAUCUGAACCCGUAUCAUUGGGGACUGCAAAAGUAUAAUAAAAAUAAUCAGUAUCGUGUCUAUAACCAACCAA